UGUAGUGGAGAGUGAACGAAAUAGGACUUCAAAACGGGAUCAUGGCGGCGCCGUUUGGGCGCGACACCUUACCUGAGCAAUGGUCUUUCGGUGUCUGCGGAGAUGGCAGGGUGUUUUUUGUUCACGAUGAAACGAGCACCACUACUUGGCUCCAUCCGCGAACGGGCGAACCUGUCAAUUCCGGACAUAUGAUACGGUCAGAUUUACCUCGAGGAUGGGAAGAGGGUUUCACGGACGAAGGGGCCGGCUACUUCAUAAACCAUAACCAGAGGACCACGUCGUUCCGGCACCCCGUGACGGGACAGGUGUCUCGAGAGAACGUGGAUUUUAUCCUCCAAGAACAGCCAGGUGGCCGUAUGUCCAACCCCCAGCAGGCCGACUUGCGGCUUUCCAGCACCAUCAGCGAGGCUUCCACUGUGGACACCGCUUCGGGGUCAAAGGGCUCCAGGUCCAGUGGGAGGGUGCUACAUUUUGGGAAGCGAGAGCAGUCCAUCAAGAGGAACCCCAACGUCCCAGUGGUGGUGAGAGGAUGGCUCUACAAACAGGACAGCUCUGGGAUGAGGCUUUGGAAGAGGAAGUGGUUUGUGUUGGCUGACUACUGCCUGUUCUACUACAAAGACAGCAGGGAGGAGUCAGUCCUGGGUAGUAUUCCUCUGCCCAGCUAUGUCAUCUCAGCCGUGGAGCCUGAAGACCACAUCAUCCGCAAGUACGCCUUCAAGGCCAGCCACACGGGCAUGCGCUCAUACAUUUACAACCGGAGCUCUGUGAUUGGCUCGCAGGCGGAGCACAGUGGCAUGCGGACCUACUUCUUCAGCGCCGACACACAAGAAGACAUGAACGGCUGGGUGAAGGCCAUGAACCAGGCGGCGCUGAUGCAGAACCACACCGCCAGCCUCAAGAGACCUUCGGAAACAUCGGAGAUAUCGGAAAUGCCCAGCGUGUCGGAGCGCCAGGCAGUACCCCAAACCAACCACGUCAACAACUACACCGAGACCGCCCCCCAUCCCCUAGUCCAUCUCCAUAGCGAUGGGGUGGUCCUCCAACCGGCUGACAUCCACCGAGAAACCGAGCAGCACUGUAGCUUCUGGAACGACACUCCCAACCCCAUUGCUUCAGAAAUUGUCCUUGGUGGUGGGAAUGUGGAAAUUGAAAUGGACGCCGUCCCUCCUAGCAGUCUCUCUCCCCUUCCGCCAUACUCAGCCUCCUCAACUACAUCUGCGCCCCCCUCCAGUGCUCAAAUGUGCGCCCCGUCGUACACCGCCUCAACCCUACCCCCCGGGGCCUGUCUGAGGAAUGGGACACCCACCCUGGAGCCCAACGGGAUGGGGACGGGGACGUACCAGAGGGCCACCCUGCCCCCCCAGGUGGUGGAUACUCACAGGCAGGUGCAGAGGAGGAGUGCCCUGGAGCAGGUGGAACACUGGGUCAAGGUGCAGAGGGUCGAGCACCAAGGUCCUUCCUCUAGAGGGAGCACCCUGCCCCGCCACACCCCUCCGACCCAGCCCACGUUCAUCGGCCUGGAGGCCUACCAGACACUACCAAAGACCCCAAACCACAGCCCCCCCACGGCUGCACGCCACGGGGAGUACAAAUACGCCCAGGACCGCCUUAGCCACUUCCGCCUCGGACCCCCGAACUCCCAGGGUACCGGUGCCAGGGACGGGAGUGGCAUCGGUGGGCCUGGCACCGUGUGGCAGCUGUAUGAGUGGCAACAGCGCCACCAGUACCGCCACGGCAGCCCCACCACCCCCCUCUACACACCUGCCCCGGACUACCCCUUUGGGCACCGGCCACCCUCCACGGUCCCCCCCUCAGCCCCACGGCCCAGCUCCGAGGUGCCCCGCUGUGUGUCGGUUCCCCCUGAUCCCUCUGACAUCCCCCCACUGGGACCCCCACGGGGCUCCAGGGCCCUGUCCCCACCACGGAGGCCCCAUACGCCUGCUGACCGGGUGGUGGUAAUGCCCCUGGGAGAGAGGCCCGCGCUGGAUGUGCAUGUGGCUGGGUCCCCCCGGAGAGCCAAGUCUCAGCUGCUCAACGCUGCCACCAUCGACAGACGGUCCAUCCCUACCUCCGGCUACAUCACACACACGGUCAGCGCGCCCAGCCUUCACGGGAAGACGGUUGACGAUACUUACAUGCAACUGAAGAAGGACCUGGAGUAUCUAGACUUGAAGGUGGUUGGAAGUCAGUCGUUGAAAGAAGCGACAAAACCUGUCAAAAUAGCUGAGAGUGACGUCGAUGUGAAACUCAGUGGGUUAUGUGAGCAGGACAAGAACCUGAAGGAACUGGAGGUCCGGAUCAGCUCUCUGAAGGACGAUAAGGACAAGCUGGAGUCGGUUCUGGACCUGUCCCGCCAACAGAUGGAGCAGUACAGAGACCGGCCGGCCCACCUGGAGAAGAUAGCCUACCAGCAGAGACUCCUACAGGAGGACGUGGUGCACAUCAGGGCCCAGAUCUCCAGAGUGUCCACGGAGAUGUCCCGGGCCUGGGAGGAGUACAGCAGGCUAGAGAGCUCAGUGGAACAGCUGAGGACCGCGCUACAGACCACCAUGAACUACAGCACCACCUCUCAGCGGGAGAAAUCGGAGAUAAAGCGGGAGCUGUGGAGAAUGGAGGACGUGAUGGCAGGGCUGAGCGCCAACAAAGCCAACUACAGGAUCACCAUCAACUCAGUGCAGAACCCAGAGAGGAAGCUAGUGCCUUCGGUGUUGGACCCUGCAGUGCCUUCCCAGUGCCCUACACCCCCACUAGGGGAGGUUAGGCCCCCUCCUCUCAGCUCCUACAUACUGCCUCACAACCCUGUGCCAAAGUGGGCAGAAGAUGAGGCUCCUCCCAGGCCGCCCCUGCCCCGCCUCUACGACUAUGAAGACCCGCCCCCCACCAUCCCACCCCUCCCCAAAGAGGCAGCAGCGGUCGUAAGACACACGUCGGUUCGAGGGCUCAAACGCCAGUCAGACGAGAGGAAGAGAGACCGUGAGGUCGGAGGGUGUGUCAACGGAGACUGUAAGGUGGAGCUGCGGUCGUACCUCAGUGAACCAGAGCUGCCAGGGAUGGGCCAGAGCAGCACAGGGUCUGAGGGGGGCUACCAGACCCUCCCAAACAAAGGUCUGUCAGGCUCAUCGUCGCGGCUGAAUCAGUCCAGUAAUAUCUCCUCCUAUGUGACCCUAAGGAGAGGAGUGGCCGGCUCAGCAGGGAGGGAGAGACCUAAGAGUGCCUUGGAGCAGCUGUACUCUUCUGACCAGCAGCCCCAGUCUCUGGCCCAGGCCCCCCGGGGCCGCAUGAGUGCUGAGGAGCAGCUGGAGCGUAUGAAGAGACACCAGAGGGCCCUGGUCCGCGAGCGCAAGAGGAACCUCAGCCAGGGAGAACGUCACUCCACCACCCAUCGUUCCUCCUCCUCUACCAGGCCUCUCUCCUCCACUGACCUGGGCUCAUGGAGGCGUGAGCAGCAGGACUUUGAUUUGCAGCAGGAGCAGAAAGCUCAGGUGGUGGAGCGACAGGGUGCCGAGGGCCAGAGCGACGAGGGGCGUAGAGAGCUGAAGGAAAGGGAGAGGAUCCAAUCAGAUGAGUGGCUCACGGUGAUGGCCACGCCCAUGAGGGGGACUGACAUGGAGCCCCUCGACUACGACCUGGACCUCAGUCGUGAGCUGUCCAAGCCCCAGAAGGUGCCUAUCUCAGAGCGCUAUGUGGAGUCAGACCCCGGGGAGCCUCUGAGCCAGGAGCAGAUGGAGGAGCGUCAACGCAGAGCAGAACGCAUCAUAAACAUCCUGGCCAAAUCCAAUGUUCAGAACACACAUCCGUCGUCUGGUGUGGCUGUCCCACUGGACUUCACUGAUCUGGACCUAGCCAUGCAGCAGCAGAAGAGGAUUAUGAAUGUGUCUCACGCCUUGGCCUCUGAAGCCUCCAUCAAGAGCAAGCAGUUCACAGCCAAAGCUCAGCUGAACGCUGACUGACCAUUGACACGGACGCCAAGGCACCGACAGGACAUCCGUGAAUGAAAAUAGUUGAUGGGCAAAGGAUCUAAUACUAAUCAUUUUCAGCAAUUAAUGCCAGAGUGUUGUUUUAUAAUACUUUUUAUUGGAGUUAAAACACGAUAAUAAUGUUUUCUUUUAAAAACCAAAAGGAGUUAUUGGAAUCUCAACAAGAGCAUUGAAACUGUGCGUGUACUUAAUGUUAAGUUUGAAUUGGAGUUGUGUUUUGCACUUUAAUGUUGUGUGUAAUUGUUAACACUACUAGUUUUUGCAACAGAAUCAUUAGCUGUGUUUUUGAAGUGUGGUCUAUAUUUCUAAAUAAAUAAGUUCUAAGCAAUGUUUUAUAGGUCGUUGAGAUGGAAACGUAAUUAUGACAUGAAUCAUAUAUUUAUUUUAUUUUGACUAAUGAAAGACAAUCUUGCACCAAAUUGCACCCUUUGUAGCUCAGCACUGCCAUGUAACGCUUUUGCCAAUCAACUGUAUUGUAUUAUGUGUCAUUUAAAAGGGAAAUAAACCAUAAUGAUGUUUUAUGGAAAUAAAGGUUUUAACAAAACA